GUUUCCACGGACACCCCGAGUCUACUUGCAGCGUAUAUAAGCCUAUGCAUUUGGAAUAAAAUCUCUACGAGUUUCGAGUUCACCUAUCGUUCGACCUUCCAGCGCCCCCAAGCGUUCAACCACUUUCAGUAUACUUAUAAGUAGUACUUCAUGGCUGCUACUACGCUUCGACUUGAUAUCCCUCAACUGUUGGAGGCGCCGGUAACCCUUACCGUGGUUGUACCACCAUCUUGGUGCACCGGAUCCCCUCUACCAGCUAAAAGCAUACCCCACAAAUUCGAAAUAUUCGAAGAAUUGUGUCGUGAUGCUGCCUACGUAUUCCGUGGCCGGCUUCAACUGGAGGCGUCAGAUGAUGCGACCAUUGAUGCUAUCUGCAAGCUCUCGUGGAAUGCCGAAGAAGCUGUUAAAGCCAGCCUCGAUGUUGAGGCAGGCUAUUACACAUCCCAGCUUCUCACGCUUCAAGGCAGAGCGGUUCCUCAUUUCUUUGGUCUAUACACUUGCGAGUCUCCGAAUGAUGAGGAAGAUCAACCCGUGAGCUGUAUCAUUCUUCAAGACGGUGGAGACCGGAUUCCGUAUGCUAUGUUCAGCAUGAACGAUGAGGACCCUGUAUGCAGUCGUCAGAUUGUGAAGGCAUUAUUGGAAAUACACAGCGUUGGCUUGUUACCGCAUGAAUUCAAUGCUAAAAGUGUAGUCCACCGACAUGAAGCGGCUGCUCCUGAUGAGCAUGUCCAAGCAUUCAUUGUCGGUUUCGGUCAUGCUCAACUUCAUGAUUGCCGUUUCCCUUUUCAAGGCGGUAUCGAUCGAGUUCGAAUGAAGGACUGGGAGCCAGACGUCAUGGACUUUGGAUGCCAGCAUCUUUUCUACAACCUUCACCAACUGGGAAUAUGGAUACCCCGAACCAUUUCGUUCCUUGGCCGGGGAUUUUCAACUCAGAUGUUGAGAUCUGCUGAGAUGCUUGCUCAAUGUUCAGCAGACGUCAUGAAGAGAGGGACAAAGGAGGACUAUAUGCCUCGAGCCACUACAGCCUAUGAAGCGUUUCAUGAGAAAUAUGGGCAACGCAUCACUCAGUUUGGAUGGCUCAGUAAAUGAGGCAAUCAUUCCUAAACAAUAGGUCUAAUGGUGUUGCUUCGCUGAGUAUUGGAUCUGCCUACUUGUACUAUAUCCUUAUCAUCUUCAAUGUUUCAUUCCAUAUCCAUCUAUACAAUUUCGCUUGAAAUUGUGACAAUGUAUAUAUGCUUGAAGUUAUUCAGCUGGUUGUUCUAUGCCGCGCUUUACCUUGACACAUACUUAUUUGCAUGAAAGUUUGAUAGUUUUCAGAGU